AGCAUAAAUAUUCAGCAUUAUUUUAAACGGUCGACGAUUUAACUUUGUGUCGCUCCGAUAAAAUUUGUGAUCUCGUGCAAGCGCCAAAAUGAGCAAUCGGAAAGACAUCUAUGUCAAAAAGCUGGGUUUGAUUCCACUCUCCGAGGAAGGAGGUUACUUUAGCGAAACUUAUCGAUCUCCCGAGACGAUUCCAGUUGAAGGACGCGAAGGAACAGAGAGGAGCUUAUUCACAACAAUUUUCUACCUGAUUGCGCCUGAACUGGGAGGAAAAAACUUUUUUAAUAAGAACAAGAGUGACAUCACCCACUUUUUUCACGAUGGAUGGCCAGCUAAAUACAUCUAUAUAACACAAGAGGGCAAAGUUGAAGAGUUUAUCUUAGGUAAAGACAUUUUAAAGGGCCACGUUCUUCAACAAAGGGUUCCAGGUGGCUGUCUUAAGGCAGCCAAAAUUUUAAUCGACGAGUCUAGCGAGUAUGAAAAGUAUCCGGGCGAAACACCUUUCACGUUGAUCUCAGAGAAGAUGUCACCAGGAUUUGAUUACAGAGAUCGUCAUGUACCGCUGGCUUCUGAAGUAAAAUCUAUGUAUGAGAAUCUGUGGCCAGAGAUAAAAGAGUACUGCGCACCGGACGAAAAUAAUUAACAUCAUUAAUUUUGCACCAUUAGCAUACAUUAUUCAGAAAACUUUUACCUCAGGGGUCGCAAGACCUUAGAUGACCGGAAAGCACUGACGCCUACCUUAAGGACUCUUCACGUAACUAAAACAAACGGAAAGCCUCGGGUUCCGAGUUUCACUCGAUCGUUCAUUCUAUAAAAAUUUUGAUAUGUUCGUGGGGAUCUCGGCUUUUGCGUCCUUGAUCUCGGUAAACCAGGGUAUAAAUUGAAUUUAGUUGGAAAGUCGCAUCUCGUUCGAGCUUUGGUAAGUGCCAAAAGAAAUGAUGUGACCUAAGUGAAAAAUAAGAAAGCAUAACAAACAUCAAUUCGACCCAAGGAAGGUUGGCGAACUGGUUCAGGUGAUGGCAAACUGGUUUUAAGUCAGGGAGCGAACCUAUGAUAAUUUUCUUGGCACCUUAUCUCCUGCGGGCUUUUUUUUUUUUAAUUUUUAAUUUUUUUUUUCAUCCUUUUAUUUAAGAUAGAUUAGUUAAUGAUUAGAUUUGUGUAGUUUAAUUUUUGUUGUGUAAAUACGCAAUUUAGUUUUCGAACUGCCA